UCAUACAUAAAUAUACAUAGAAAUAUUACAACACUAUUCUCGAUAAAUCAUGAUACUCGUUUCGUAAAAUGCAACUUCAAAACCUUUUCCUUUUCACUAAUCUUAUAUAUUCCAACUCAGAGACCUCUCCUCCAAUAUUUUGCAACUUGGCAAAUUAUUAUAGUAUGUCAAUAACUUGAAUUUUAAAAGCUGAGCUUUUCUUUUUUUUUUUUUGAACAAAACAACAAUUCUUGUGCAAUCGAGCAACGCUUAGUAAUUGGAGUCACGGGGGAGCGGUCGCGGUGAGUCAGGGGUUGAGAGGCGUAACAAAGCGCUUAGCUUUUGCGACCGCCCGACUUCUGUCAUGAGCUCAGAGAUCUGCUUCAGCGUUCUAGGUAGGCUUUAAAGGUACGGAUUCUGCAUUUUAUCUUCUGCUUGGUAGCCGAGAAAACUGAGUAAAUUUAAUGUCUUCCCCCCCCCAUGCACCUUCCCGCUGUAUAAGAUUUGUGUAGCCCACACGCUAUUUUUCAGAGUAGCGUGAAACCCCCCUUUUUUUUUUUUCCUUAACGUUCUCAUAUAUUUCCGCAAAACACUUGUGCCUUGUUGGGUAGAAGAAAUUCUUUACAUUUUAUAAUACGAUAAUUUAUAAUUGAAACUCGCAUAAUGUGGAUUGAAGACUGUCCAGCUUUCAUGGACUAAAUUCGGAAUACCAGCGUUGAUGGGUAACCCUUUUAGCCUCAAGUCUAAAGUUACGUGGGAACGGCUCAUUGAAUACCUAGCGAAAUUCGGGCACAUAGAGCUGUCGACUUUACAUGGUAUGUUGGAAACGUUCUCGUAUACCUACUAUGUUGAUAAUGUACCUGAUUGGUGGGCUUAAGGUGUUUUAAGUUAAUUUGUCUCAGAUUCGAUCAAUUACUCUUCAUUGUUACCUCAUGAGUUGAGUAAAAACACGAGGGAAAGGAUAGCUUUGAGAAAAUUGGAGCAUUUGUUUGGUCCUAUUCAUAAUGCUGCCCCUUUUAUUUUAAUCUGGCUUUAGUUGUAUGAACCAUUUGAUUGGUUAAAAAGAAGGAAUUUCAAAGAGAUGCAUUUCUUAUAAAAUCCUGAUAUUGAAUAGAGAUAGUGUUGUAAUGUUAACUCAUGGAUUACUCCAGUCUCAGACAUCAGGGUCAGAUUUGAUUAAAGGGGAUGUCCUUUUCAUUUUGCAUAAAAGAGCUUCCUUGCCUCUUUGUGCUUUAGAACAGCUGAAACAUGUAAUUCCAGAAGCUAUUUCAUAUCCAACUCCUGUAAUUGGUCGAAGUAGACUGGUACAUACAAGUGAUGAUUCUGACAGAAGUCCUGUGGAUUUUUGUAAUAUGCCAUCAGUUGGGAACUCCAAUGUCGUGCCACCUGAAAAUGAAAACGUAAUGGUGAGAGAUGAUUCAUGCAUCAAGAAUUUAUUACAUUUUAAGAGGAAUCAAAGUGAUUUUACAUGCAAAAAUUCAAGUCAAGACUUCCAGGAAAGCCAAGACUGUAUGCAUGAUGGUGAUCUCCAUGUAAAUGCCAAGAGGCAUAAGCAGAAUUCUUCAUGUGCAACUCAGUCUGUGAAACAAAUUUCAGUUCCACAACAUGGCAAUCAGUUGGCUGAAAAUUUGUCUGAGAGAAUAGGUGGAGAUACUGGAAAAGGAAGUCAAGAUGCAGAAAGAGAAUGUCGGGUAGGAAAAUUGGAUGAAUGCAGGUCUUUAGAGAACGAUGAUGGCAGGUUUUUCUCCACAAAUAGGCUUGGGCAGAGUCCUGAUGCCAGUGCUAUUGAUCAAUUCCAGCACAAUCCAUUUGAGAAUACAGAUAGUGCCAACAAAAUGCAACUAGAUACAUCUGGAGAUGGAUCCCACCUGUAUUUUCAGCUGGAAGAAGUUAAUGAGGAUGGGCAUGGAGCAUUGAAUAAGGCACCCGUCAUGAACAUCCAGCAAAAAGUCUCCUUUGAUGAACUAAAGAUGACGGUAAACAGUGUAUGCAACUGAAAACAUCAAAUGCUCCACCCUUGAGUGGAUCUCUGAGGAAUAUUACCGAUGAUAAGGCUGGUGGCAUGGAGCAUCUUUGCAAACAAUGUACGACAAGUGAUGUCAAUCAAUAUCAUCUCAAAAAGGUAGAUAGCAUGAAGAAGAAUCGUUUUCUGAGCUCCCGGUGCACAGUAGCUGGUGCUUUUCCGGCAAUAGCUGGCCAGACAAAGCCAUAUAUUCUUGUUUAAAGUGCAGCAAAUGUGAUCAGGUGUUGGUUUGUAGUGCUGUUGGUUGCUCAUUGGUUUUUCAUGAAAAGUGCUUGGGUCCCUCAUUGAGCUUUGAUGAGCAGGGAAAUUUCUGCUGUCCAUUUUGUGCAUAUUCCCAUGCUAUUCAAAGGUACAGCGAAGCUAAGAAAAAGGAAUCUUUGGCAAGAGAAGAAUUGCAUGUAUUCGUCAAUCAAAUUCCAAAAUAACAUAAUCGUCUCUAGAAUGUAACGGACUUGGGAAAAGCAAAGGCCGUGAGCAACUAGUAUAAGAUCUUAGUCUAUGGCUUCAUAUGUUUUGUAAAUUUAGAGGGUUGAAGAGGAGCCUUGUAACAGUGGUAGGAAAGGAAAGAUAUGUUUUGGGUAUUGUAGAAAAAAGAUCCACGUCAAGCAGAAGAUAAAAUGUGUAUAGGAGGGAAAUGUCGUCUUUGUUUUUGUAUUUGUUUUCCUCGAAAGCGCUUGACAUGUGUUUCUGGUGUCGUGUAGUAAAGAAAACCAUGCUAACAUGAAUCAGAUGAACUGCUAAUUAGGCUUCGUAAGUGCAA